AUGCGCCGGGGCCUGCACGGCCUGCGGCAUGGAUUGCCCUGCGGCGUCGGCGGGGGCUUCCGGAGAAGUUUUGCCACUCAUGGCGACGAGGCGAAAUCAUUUCCACGGGUCUUGGCGGUGGAGGGCGCCAAGGAGAUUGGCCAAAGGAUCCGUGAGCUGAAACCUCAGCAGGUGAUGCUGGAGACUUGUGAAGAGCGGCUAUCUUUGAGCAAAUCUUCCGGUUCACAGGAUGUUGUGAAGGAUGAGAAGGACCGAGAAGCGCUGAGCCACGCGGAUGCCAUCGCCUUCGUCCACGGCGGUCUGCGCUUGGCGGAGCUGCAGAGUUCGCAGCGAGCCGCCGAGGAGGUUGGUGCUCAGGUCUACUGUGUGGAUCGGUCAUAUCGGGAAACACAAAAUCGCGUGGCCAAGCGACUGCUCUUGCAUCCAAAGGAGAUGCUCGGCUUUGCGCGCUUCGCGGCCUCCAACCUGGGCGGGGCCACCGAGUUGGGUGGAGAGGAUGCCUUCCAAUGCCCGGCGCCGGUGGCGGAGAUCCUGGGAGAGGAGCGUGAGAGGCACAUGGCCUCUGAAGCCUUAAAACAUCACGUGACCGGGGCCACCGCUCUGUUGCUCUGCAGCCCUGCGAGGAGCUCCUCUCUGCAACAGCUCCUGGAGACCAAGAACCCAGAGGCAAUGAAAGAAACCUCAUCCACAUCCAGGGUCUGGCCGUUCUUGCUGGUCUUGGUCUAUGUGGUGAUCCCUGGCUAUGGCACCGUGUACUUGUUUUGGCGGAUGGCCAAAGGACUGGGUGACUGGAUUUCAUCACUCCUGCGGCCAUCAGCACCAGAUGAGGCAUCUGAGACUGGAAGGGCCCCAGCUGAAAGGUAA